AUGAUGCAAGAGAUAUUGUUGUUGCUUAUUGGUGUUUUUUCGUUAUAUUCAGGUCGAGUUUACGCCCUCGAACGUGGUCUUAAAAUGGGUAGUUCAUCACCUGAAGGUAAAAAAUUAUUUGUUGCUCUUAUGGAUUGGCUUGAGAAGACUAAAACAGAACAACAGAACAAUGAAGCUGUAAUUCAGGAUAUUCCAGCUCAAGUGCAUUUAGAAAAUUAUGCAUUGAAAUUAUUUCUAUGGGCUGAUUCGCAAGACAGAGCAGCUAAUUUUAACAAAAAUGUUGUCAAAGCAUUUUACACAUCAGGAAUGAUUUAUGAUGUUUUGGAUUUGUUUGGCGAACUCACAGAAGAUGUUAUACAAAAUAGAAAAUAUGCUAAAUGGAAAGCAGCUUACAUUCACAAUUGCCUUAAAAAUGGUGAAACUCCAAUACCUGGACCAUUGAACGAUGAUGAAAAUUUUGAUGAACCAUCAUCAUCAUCAUCGAAUGUUGAUCCUCCGAAACCUCAAUACCCGAUACCUCCUUCUCCGACAGAUAAUUCAGGUGCUGGAUCUUCAGGUUUGCCAUAUCCUGUACCUGGGAAUUCUGGAUUUCAAAAUAUAAUAAUUCCCAAACCUCCAUCGACACCUGACAAAGAAAAAGAAGAAGAAGAAGAGGAAAAACCGAAAUCUAAACCGCUUAGCCCAUCUGAAAUAUUGGAUUUUACUAAACCUGAAGCUGCUGAAUCGUUAACUAAAAAAGUCAGCCCAACCACAGGUGUGCAAUUAACUCCAGAUCAAAUAAUAAAAGCUCAAAAAUAUUGUAAAUGGGCUGCAAGUGCUCUUACAUAUGACGACAUGACAACAGCAAGAACAAACCUUGAAAAAGCUCUGCAUUUGAUAAACACAGGAGAAGAAAUGUAA